GCUAUCAGCUCAGCUUCAAUCCUCAGAAGUCACCAUCCGCAGGAGGAGCUCACACACACCUGCCUACACACACCUGUCUGUAAACUCACUGCAGCACAACUCCGAGCGACAUGAGCGCCAGGGAUCCUCCACCCUACCUCAACCAAGACACUCAGGGGGCAGGAGUGAAAGUUUACCACGUGCACACCCCAUUCACCCCUCCUGACCAAGAGCAGGUCGGCGCUGCCUCUGCCAGACCGGUGUACACCAGUGGAGGGGGAGGCGGCAAUGAGCAAGACAGAAAGAAGUUUGUGAGCUACAACGUCGGUCUGGAUCGUAGCCCGGGCAUGACGACCUGCACGGCCUGCCAGCAGCAGGUCAUGACCAACGUCCACUACAAAGCAGGGACGUAUGCCUGGCUCAUGUGCAUACUCUUCAUCUGCUGUGGAUUGUUCCUGUGCUGCUGCUUGAUUCCAUUCUUCCUCGACAGCUUCAAGGACGCGUACCACACCUGCCCCCGCUGCGAACGAGUCCUGCACGUAGAGAAGAAGGAGUGCUGUAAAUGAUGCACAGCAGGGAGAGGUCAACCCGUAGAAAGAACCAGCCACCAGCUUUGUCUGCCUCUGGUUUCCCCCCUCCGAGACCCAGAGAAGCAAAUCGAGCAUUUUAUUGUUUUUAUUUUAUUUUAUUAUUUUGUUUGUUUGUUUUUUUCUCAUAUCGGGACAUUGACUCGCUUACUGGUAUUUCUAUGGACAAACCGUAGAUUUUUUUACUCGAGGCAAAAAUGAAAAGUACAAAAAAAACUUUAAACAAGUUCUGCUAUGCUUCAAAAACAUUAGCAAAUUUAUGGAAAAUUAUUGUAUUGUCAGAUAUUUAAACGGUGAAUAAUAAAAACCUCUGGUAGGUUUACCAUGCCCUGCAUACUUUUUUUGUUUUUUUCUUUACAGAUCUGUUGUAUUUUUCAGUAAUCCUUUUGUUUUUUUUCCUUUUUUUUGCUGAAAUGAUGCUGGUAAAAUGAAGAAUUGUUUACAGAUCUCGUGUUUCAAAAUGCUGUUUGAAACCUGAACCGAUCAUCUGGCCUCUCGGAGGGACAUUCAAACAACUAAAACAAUAAAACAAAUCAAGACUCUGAAGAAGCCCUGCAGGGUAGAGGCGACCACACGAUGACUUUGUGUUGGCAUGUUUUGUUGAAGGAUUCUGCCACUGAGACUCUGCUAUGAAUGAAUCUCUUCGUGAAUGUUGUUAGUCAGGAAAAGGACACUUUUAUUUUGUUUUAUCACUGUGUGAAGAGCAGUUCACCCGCCACACCAUCGUUUUGAUCUGUAUCUCCAAACAGAACAGCCAAAUCAAAUUAUGUAUUUAUGUAUAAUAUAUCUAUAUGUGUAACCUUCUGUCUCUGAAUAAUAAUAAUGAAAACAAACUCGCUGCUUACCGACACACUAAUAUGCUAAAUCUCAGAUUCAUUUCUGGGAGAAACUGAUGAUGCUUGGAUCUCCGUUAUUUUCUACAGCUGCUGGAAUCUGUUGCACUCCAAUAAAAACCAGUACGUGUAGAUCA